UUCUUUUUCUCAGUUUGACGUUUGACAUCAGUAAUAUGUUUGGGGUUGUAUCAAAACAAUAUUAUUCAAGGUCAAGGCGUUUCAAAACAAGUUGACAAAUUGAAGAGGAAAAAUGCCGAAACGAGCUCGUCAGUCUGAUGAAGCAGAAACCGCUGAACGAGCUAUUAAGAAGCAAAUUUCAUCGCAAAGCGGUGGAAUCAAAAUACGUGAAAUAAAAUCUCAUUCUUCAGAGAAAACAAUAAAUCAACUCUUCGAUGCAGCAUCUAAGAGUUCCUCUCAAACUAAGCCAAAUCAAUGUUCAUGUCCUACUGAUGAACAUCCUUUGGUGAGAUGUUAUUUCUGCGAUAAAAUGAUCUGUUCUAAUUGCUUGAGACCUUGUGAUAUCUGCAGGGAAAUUUUUUGUGAAAACUGCUCCUUCUUGAUGUAUGAUGAGCAGUAUGACUGUGUCUGCUAUUCUUGUAUGAAUAAUAAGUGAAUGCAGCAUUAUACAUCACAUGAAUAUUUGUGUCCUGUAGGAAGACCUGCUUGAUAUUAUUCGUUGUAGGAAAUGAGCUUUUUAAGUUGAUUUUAAUAAUUGUCGCUAAUGAUCUGAAAUAUUUCAUGGAGUAGCUACGUUAGAAACCAAAAAUGUCUAGUUGAAUUUUUUUUAGUUAUAUUUUAUUUUUCAUUAAGUAGUUUGUUGUAUAAUUGUUUGUGGAAGAUGAUCAAUAAAGACAUCACAAUCA